GCAAACUCAAACGACACUGGAGUUUGUUGUCAGCAACGUCGACUUCUAGCGUUUGUAAGCAGCAGGUGAUAUAGCAAAAAUCAUCAAACGACACUGUUUUAUGAAAAUAAUUAGCUAAUUAUAACUCGUCUGGGAACUUUGGAUGUACGGAAGCAUUUUAAUGACCGACAGUUUGCUUAUCGUGCGUAUUGAAGCCAGGAAGAACGCUAGGUAACGGUGUCUAACGUUGUGGAUAAUGAGUUGGCCUUGGUAACCAAGCAGCUGACAAGCCACCCAGUGAAUUUGUAAACAAUGUCUUGUGUUGCACAUCAAUUAUUAUUAUCUAUUUGUGUUGAACGUUACUGUAUUUGAGAACAGUUCGCUAGCUUACUAGGCAGUUUAGCUAGUUAUUUUCUGAGGGAGUUGUGCUUGUCCAUCACCUGAAGAUGACUUCCGCAUUGGAUGACCCAACCCUGGAGAGACACUUCAAGGGCCACAGAGACACCAUAACAAGCGUUGACUUCAACUGUAACAUGAAACAAAUUGCGACCGGCUCCAUGGACUCCUGUCUCAUGAUCUGGAACUUGAAGCCCCAAAUGAGAGCCUAUCGGUUCGUGGGACAUAAAGACGCUGUGACGUCAGUCCAGUUCUCUCCCUCCGGACACCUGGUGGCCUCGGCUUCCAGGGACAAGACUGUCCGCCUCUGGGUGCCCAGUGUUAAGGGCGAGUCCACCGUGUUCCGAGCCCACACCGGAACGGUCCGCAGUGUCAGUUUCUCCGGUGACGGACAGACCUUGGUCACCUCGUCCGACGACAAAACUCUCAAAGUCUGGACCGUUCACAGACAGAAGUUCCUUUUCUCUCUCAACCAACACAUGAACUGGGUCCGCUGUGCCAAGUUUUCACCAGACGGCAGGUUGAUAGUAUCGGCCAGUGACGACAAGAGCAUUAAGAUCUGGGACAAGAACAGUCAGGAGUGUAUCCACUCAUUCUAUGAACAUGGAGGGCAUGUGAACUACGCUGACUUCCACCCCAGUGGAACAUGCAUUGCUGCAGCUAGCACAGACAACACUGUCAAGGUCUGGGACAUCAGGACCAACAAAUUACUGCAGCAUUACCAAG